UUAAUUUUACAUUGUUCCCAUAGAGAUCAUGGAAUAUGUUAUAAAAUGGUACAGAUGUUUUAUAAUAAAUAGUGUCUGAUAUCAUAGGCAGAAAUGAUGGAUACAAACGGAGGUGUAGUUAUGUAAAUAUAUAAUAGUGAUACAAUAAAAUUUCAAGAUAUGGAGAUUUUGCCACCCACUAAACCACCUAGGGGAGUAAAACCCCUUAAAGAAAGUGUGUUAAUUUUAAGGAAUUAAAACAGUAUACAGCUGCUCAAAAUAAAUAAUAACACUCAUUUAAUAAUGGUUUUUUCAAAGAAAACCAGUGGUCUGCUAAUGUCAGUUAUUAGGACUUUAUCAGCUAGUGAGACCAAUGAGCAACGUGAGAAAGAAAAGGCUAAACUUGAAGCUGAAUAUAAACAAAGUGACAAGCGAUUAGAUGAGUUAGUUUCAAGACAUGAAGGUGACUUAACAAAGGUGAUGCAACUAUUUAGUUCAAUUUCAUCUUCAAUAAGGGAAUCCCGUGAGAAAAUAAGGACUGUAAAAGAAAAUUUAAAGGCUUGUAAAUCCCUUUUACAUUGUAGAAGUGAUGAGUUGAGAAAAUUAUGGACUGAACACUUGGAAUAUAAGUAUAUGCUUCAAUUACUGGAAAAAAUUGAAACUUUAAAUGAUAUCCCUAACAAAAUAAAUUUUCAUCUUUCUCGGAAACAAUAUUUGCAUGCUACCAAUCUCCUUAUAGAAGCGGUGUCAUUAGGAAAAGAGAAUUUUGAUGGUGUAGAAGGGCUAAAAGAACUAAGUCAAAAUCUUGAAGUUAAAAAAGAGAAUUUGCAUAUUCAACUACUUCAUGAACUCAAAAACCAUAUUUAUGUGAAGACCGCUCAGAAUGCUCUAGCACUCAGAAGACAAGGAUCUGGCAGAGACUUUUUAUUUGAUUCUCCUUUACAACGCAGCACUGAACUGAGACUAUCAGCAAGGCAGAGGGCUGUAGCUAGGAAAAAUAUACUGGAUAUUUCCCAGCUCUCAAUUAAGGAUGAUGAUUUUGAAGUGGAAGAAAACUUAAACAUAGACAACCCUGAAAAAAAUUCUGCACACUUCAUAGCUAUUUUAAUAAAAUGCUUUGCAAUUUUAGAAAAGCUGCCUUUUUUGGUUGAGAAAUUGAAAACAGGAAUGCAGAGUGAAUUGCUAAUCAUUGUACAACACACAACUUAUCAUGUAAAUGAUGUGUUUGCUGUGCAGGGAUGUGAGGAUUCUGCUUUAAAUGGAGAAGUAACUCUCUUAGAGUUGAUGCACACUUUAUUUGAACAGUUUAGGCAAAUUGGGAAAGCUCAAGAAGUUAUUGUUCAGUAUUUAAUGAAUGCUUCCAAGGCCCAUAAAGUCGAUGUAAAGUUGUAUGACAUGAAGUUUUACUGGGGCCAAGUGCAAGUCAUUCUUCAGUUUCUAUUAAACGACUAUUUGGAUAUGCAAAAUAUGUCGAAUGAUUCGCAGUUAAUACCAGAUAAUUUUUCGAAUAAUAACGAUUUGUCAUCAUAUUUUUCGCGAAGAAAGCAACAAACGAAAAAGAAAGCGCUAUUCAAGUUUGACUCUGCAUCAGGUUCAGUGUCUUCCGGAAAUUCCUCAAAGGAGGCACAAGCCUCUAACAAAGUAUUAGUGUGCCCUGCAGAUUCAGAAAAUAUUUUAACAGUCUUCGUACCGCUUAUUAAUUUCGUGGAUGAAAUUGAAAAGUCAUUGGAAUUAAAACCGGGAAGUUCGUCCCUGAAUCAGUUUCUUUCAAAUAAUGUAAAAGAUGUGUUCUUAAUUCGCAAGAGGAUAGAAACAUUAAAUCAGAUAGAGGCAGUGGUUAGAGCUGUAGACGCUUGGAAAUCUACUAUUUUACUUGAUGCUACCACCGAUUAUAAACCUUUACUUGUUAGCACAGUAAACGUUGAAAAGAUAAUUCGGAAAUGGACUGAUUACUGGCAAGCUUUACCUCUUUAUGGGGAGGACAUUGUAAGAUCUGUUUCUAUAGCGUUAAGAGAAUACCGGGAAACAUGCCACGCCGCCUAUCAGGGAAUUGUCCAACCACAUUCCGAGGAUAGACGAAUAUGUAGUGCAGCUUGGUUGAAAGAUGAAGAUAUCAGUAGAUUUUUAAAAUCUUUACCUAACUGGAUGAACCUAAAAGCACAACAAGAACAUCAAGCCAGGCACGAAAGGAAAGUAUCCAGAGCAGGGCAGGAGUUACACCCUGAAGAGGAAAGUCCAGAAGACAUAAGGCAACGAAACAGAAGAGAAGCUGAGAUACUUGCAAGCAACCUUGGGGAAGGGGGAGUGAGUUCAGGAGAAAUUUUGUCAGAUAUGUCUUUACUAAAGGAACUAGCACAGUUGCAAGAAAGUAUGGAAUGGUUCUCUGUUAGAAUGCUUCACUUUGCUAGUCAGUUUAGACAUGAACCCACCCUUGCCCCCCCAAAACCGAAUGCAGUAGAGACUCCAUCACCUGUUUCUUCUGCAACUCUUCAUCAAUUAACGAGUGUUGCCCAAGAUUUCGACGAACUUGCGAACACAUGCUUGCUAUUGCUACAUUUGGAGGUCCGAGUGCAGUGUUUUCAUUAUUUGUUGGCUCAGAGCGACUACAACGCAGAAACCCACGAACCCGAUCCGAAAGUUUUAGAAUUAAGUAGAGUCUUAGCUAAUGUGGAUGAAGCCAUGACUUCUAGUUUGCAUCCAAGAAAAUGCAAGUAUAUAUUUGAAGGCUUAGGUCAUCUAAUAGCAAAAAUUUUGAUAAGUUCUUCGCAAUAUCGUCAGGUCAUUAAUGAGGCAGGGAUCCAAAGAAUGUGUAGAAACAUAUUUGCCUUGCAGCAGACCUUGACAAACAUAACAAUGACUAGAGAAGUGGCUUUAGAUCAUGCAAGGCAUUACUUUGAAUUGUUCUUUUUGACGCCAGAGGAAAUAUUGAAUAGUAUUGUUGAGAAAGGACCAGAAUUCUCUGAGUUGGAAUAUAUGAAUGCUUUUCAGUUACUGAAUAGAAGUAAAGCAGAAAAAGAUAUUGGAAACGUUAAUGUUCAUUUAGAAAGGCUCUCAGAUAUUUUAGGAGAAGUUGGUGUUCAAGUUUAAUGUAGUUAUUUAUUGAUACCAAUAGUACAAUCUAAGAAUUAUUGUAAUUAUUCUAUUAAAAGGCUAACAUUAUCA